UGAACACCUGCACUUUUAAAACUACUCCAUUCUACAACAAAGAAAAAACAGAAAAUAGAUAACUUUCUCAACGGAUGUGAAUGCAUUGAGUGGUAAACCUGCACCGUAAGAAAUUGGCAAUUCCAAAGUCCAAAUUAAUGCUUCCAUUUCUUGUUAAUCAUCAGAUGCGAUUUCCUUUAAUUGACACACCCACAACAAUAAAUAUUUGAUUUCAGUUGUUUUUCCCUGAUCAAACCAGAAAAAAAGGACAUGACCUGCGGCAGCCGAAUCCUGCUGUUCGCCGUUGCUCUUCUUUGUGCUCUGCUCGCAGCAGAUUCAGCAGUCGUGGAGCGCACUUUCCAUGUCAGAAACUUGACCGUCAGCCGGCUGUGCGAGAGGAGGGUCAUUACCGCAGUGAACGGGAAGCUGCCCGGCCCGACAAUCCGGGUCAGGGAAGGCGACACGCUGCUCGUGCACGUCGUCAACCUCUCGCCCUACGACAUAACCAUCCACUGGCACGGAGUAUUCCAGAAGCAGAGCGGGUGGGCGGACGGACCGAACAUGAUCACGCAGUGCCCGAUACGACCCGGCGGCAGCUACACCUACAGGUUCAACGUGAGCGGGCAGGAAGGCACGCUGUGGUGGCACGCCCACACCUCUUUCCUCCGCGCCACCGUCCACGGCGCCCUCAUCAUCCGCCCCAGAAACCACUCCUUCCCCUUCCGCCAGCCGCACCGGCAAGUCCCCAUACUGCUCGGCGAGUGGUGGAACGCCGACGUGGGAGACUUGGAAAAGCAGGCCUUCUUGACCGGCGGCGGCAUCGUCAACAUUUCCAAUGCCUUCACUAUCAAUGGCAAGCCCGGCCACUUGUACACCCGCUGCAAGAAUCAUACGUACAAACUUGAGGUGGUUGCCGGAAAGACCUACCUACUUCGCAUCAUCAACUCCGCAGUCAACAGUGAGCUCUUCUUCAAGAUCGCCGGCCACGCCUUCACCGUGGUCGCCGUCGACGCCAGCUAUACCAAGCCCUACGACACCGACGUGGUGGUGAUCGCGCCUGGCCAAACGGUCGACGCGUUGAUGGUCACGGACGCUCCCUUUGCUCGCUACUACAUGGCCUCUCAGCCCUACUUCAGCUCUCUCAACGGCCCUCCCAGCUUCGACAGCACCACGGCCACGGCCAUCGUGCGCUACGCCGACGCCGACGACGUGCCUCCGCAGAUGCCACGUAUGCCGGCGUUCAACGACACCCCCACCGCCCACCGGUUCUACACCAACUUAACCGGCCUUCGGAGGCCAGGGGAACCCGCCGUCCCCCUGGAGGCGGAGGAGCACAUGUUCGUGACCGUCGGUCUGGGGGUGCUGGCCUGCGAGCCAACACAGGUGGUGUGCAACAGGAGCCGAGGCACGCUUGGCGCCAGCAUGAACAACGUCUCUUUCCGGUUCCCCACCUCCAUGUCGCUUCUGGAAGCGCACUUCAGUGGCUUCCACGAAGCAGAGUACCAACCAGACUUCCCCGACCACCCUCCGGCGAUGUUCGACUUCACGAACAACAGCUUGAACACUGAUCCCCGCCUCGCCCCGCUCCUCCGCACGCAGAGGGGAACCAAAGUGAAGAAAGUGAAGUACAACGCGACGGUGGAGAUGGUGCUGCAGAACACCGCCUUUGUCGGCACAGAGAACCACCCCCUGCACCUUCACGGCUUCAACUUCUUCGUGCUCGCGCAAGGCUUCGGAAAUUACAAUGCCACGACGGCGAGAAGUCGAUACAACUUGGUGGAUCCGCAAGUGAGGAAUACAAUCGGUGUACCUGCCGGCGGAUGGGCUGUCAUUCGAUUUGUGGCCAACAAUCCAGGAGUGUGGAUUAUGCACUGCCAUUUGGAGCAACACGUGCCAUUAGGUUUAGCAACAGUUUUUGUAGUAGAAGAUGGAACCACGCCGGACUCAAUUCUUCCUCCACCUCCUCCCGACUUCCCUGCGUGUUAAAAGGAGUUAAAGCUAGGAGAACUAAUAUAAUGGUACAUAGAUUAAAUUUUUAUGGUACAUUAUUACAAUAAUAAAAUUUCA